CCCCCCCCCCCCCCCCCCCCCCCCCCCCCCACCCCCCCCCCCCCCCAACCCCCCCCCCCCCCCCCCCCCCCCCCCCCCCCCGGCCCGCCCCCCCGGAAUCAUUAUGUAACACCCUGUAUAUAUUUUUAAUGUCAGAUGCUCGGAAUUUUUAUUAAAAAUUCACCAAACGAGAAUCAACAUCGAAUACUCCUAUAUUAUUUUUAGAUGAAAGCAAAACUUUCCUUUCCCAUAUUGUGAAUUUUUUUGGACAGUCACUUUAAGAUACUUUGGACAAUGUAGUACUAUAAUGACAAUUUAUUGUCGUAGAAAGAAAAGAAAAAAAUACACUUUUUAUGAUGGAAUGUCAAAAAACUGCAUGCUUCUAGAUCAAACUGUUCGUUUAUUUCGUUCUGUAUUGUGUCCUAUCAGAUAUAGACUGACCACUUCUUGCUUCUUCUACUAGUAGUAAUUAACGUUAUAUUUCUUUGCGUAAAAGAUAAACAUGUGAAAAACUAAAGAAUUUUCGGAGGACUUCCGCGAACUUAUAAUUAAACAUCGUUUGUUGGGAAAAACUCUUGCUGAAAUAGCGAGAAUUAUGUUGGUGGGUAAGUUAACGGUACAAAUGAUUGUGCAAAAAUACCAAAAAUUAAAAACUGUUAAAACAUUGAGCGGCCGUGGAAGAAAACAAAAAACAUCAAAAGAAGCCGAUGAAUUAAUUGCUAAAAAAAUUGGCGCCGAUCGUGGGAAAUCUUCCAAGGUUAUUCUACAGGAAGUAGCCACCGAAUUAGGAGUCACAAUUUCGGAAAGAACAACUAGACGUAGACUGAUUGAGGCUGGAUAUUAUGGACAAGUUCCAACAACUAUGACAAAGAAUUCUGAAUUACCUAUAAUCGAAAAAGAUUUAAACGGUGACGUACACUUUGUUAAUAUACAUUUCGUUUAUCCAUUAAGAUCUUUGGUAAAAGUAUUGAAUGGUUUGAAUUUUACUGAUAAACGUGGUGAAACAGUGACAUUAUGCGGUAAUACAGUCAGUGAUGGAUCUCACGAUAUUCAAGUUGAUCAUGUUAGAAAAGUACCAGAUGAUAAAAGGUUGUAUGGUGUAAAUAAAAGAUCAGUGCUAUCUGCUUUACCUUCAUUUCAUCCGAUAUUAUCGUUACCGCGUGACUUUAUGCAUGAUGUAAUUGAAGGCGUUAUGCCGAAAUUAACCUCAUCGUUAUUACGAACCAUUGUCAAUGUACGUUUAUUAACCACAGUGCAAUUAUGUGAAAAAACAAAUAAAUUUAAAUUCGGUCUUAAUGAUAGAGCAAAUUUUUCAGCACGUUUAAAGGAGAAAGAUUUAUUAGAAGAACAAAUUCUAGGUUUGAAUACGACCUUAAAAACGCAUUCUUCGACGCAGCGCUUUGGAUAG